AUGUGGCUAUUGAAUGUCCUUGUAUUUGUCCUGGCAAGGAUUAUCACAUUGCUGUUUAGGCUGAUCAAAAUAAUCAUUACUCCAAUUGUUUACCUCACUGUUUGGCUCACAGGUGAUUUCUUCCAGAAACUAGAUGAACGUCACAGAAUCAAAGAGGAUUUCUAUAUUAUCCCAUAUUUUUUAAAAUCUGUGUUUCUUUAUGCAUGGUCAGUUAAAAGACAUAAGUUCCAAACGUGGUAUAUCUUUACCAAACAAGUAGAAAAUAACCCAGAUGGUUUAUCCAUUCGUUAUACACGUCCAGUGAAGGGUAAACGUGGUGAAUUCGAAUUAGAAUCAUAUACUUAUAAACAGACAUAUGAAAUUGUAUUAAGAAUGUCCUAUAUUAUGCGCCACACUUAUAAUGUAUCACCUGGUGAUUAUAUUGCAAUUGAUUGCACGAAUAAACCUUUGUUUUUAUUUCUAUGGUACUCUGCAUGGAAUAUCGGUGCAGUACCUGCAUUUUUGAAUUGUAAUAGUGUCGGCGAACCAUUAGUUCAUUCAUUAAGGAUCUCUAAUAUUUCCCAAGUGUUUAUAGAUCCAGAUGCUUCUACGCCAGUCCUGAAUUCAGAGGAAUUGAUAAAAAAUUCUUUGCCUAACGUUAGAUUGAACUAUCUAGACGAAGAUUAUCUUUUAGAAGUCAUCAAUGAUCCCAUGUCGCCAGUCUUUUUACAGACAGAAGAUAUUAGAUCUCCAAUUACCGCAAAAGAUUAUGAACCUUCAAUGUUGAUUUAUACUUCGGGGACUACAGGUUUACCAAAAUCAGCAAUCAUGUCGUGGAGAAAAUGUGCUGUUGGGACACAACUGUUCGGAUAUGUUUUCCAUAUGAAUACUGAUAGUAUAGUGUUUACAGCAAUGCCAUUGUUUCAUUCCACAGCUGCAUUGUUAGGUGUCUGUGCUGUGCUGUCUCAAGGUGGUUGUAUUGCCAUUAGUCCAAAAUUUUCUGCAAGUAAUUUUUGGAAACAAGCUUAUAUCACAGAAGCAACACACGUUCAAUAUGUGGGUGAGAUUUGUCGUUACCUGUUACACACACCUGUCUCCGAAUAUGAAAAAUUGCACAAUGCUAAAGUUGCAUUCGGUAAUGGAUUAAGACCAGAUAUAUGGCAACAAUUUAGACUCAGAUUUAAUAUUGAAGUCAUUGGAGAAUUUUAUGCUGCCACAGAGGCACCAUUUGCAACUACAAAUUAUCAAUGUGGUACUUUUGGUAUAGGUGCAUGCAGAAACUAUGGUACUGUGAUUCAAUGGUUUCUUUCCUUCCAACAAGUACUAGUCAAAAUGGAUCCUGAGGAUGAUUCUGUUGUCUAUAGAAAUAAAAAGGGUUAUUGUGAGGAGCCAGGAAUCAAUGAACCAGGUGAAAUGAUGAUGAGAAUUUUUUUCCCAAGAAAACCAGAGACUUCUUUCCAAGGUUAUUUGGGUAAUGAACGUGAAACUAAAUCUAAAGUUGUUAGAAAUGUCUUUAGAAACGGUGACGCAUGGUAUAGAUGUGGUGAUUUACUGAAAGCAGAUGAAUUUGGUAUGUGGUAUUUCUUAGAUAGAAUGGGAGAUACUUUCAGAUGGAAAUCUGAAAAUGUGUCAACUACUGAAGUAGAAGAUCAAGUGAGCACAAGUAACGAAUCUAUGAUCACGCAAGUAGUGGUGGUAGGUAUUAAAGUUCCUGGUUAUGAAGGUCGUGCAGGAUUCGCUAUUAUCAAACUUAAUGACAAAAUCGAAAACAUUCAAGAACAUGAAAUUCUCAACUUACUCAACAGUAUGUUAUACCACCUCAACAAAUCUUUACCAAAAUACGCUAUGCCAUUGUUUGUGAAAUUUGUCAAUGAGAUUAAAAUGACAGACAACCACAAGAUUCCAAAAAAACUUUAUAGAGACCAAAAAUUACCAUCAGGUGUUGACGGUCAAGACCAAAUAUACUGGUUAAAAAAUUACAAAGAAUAUACACUACUUACUGAUAGUGAUUGGGCAGAUAUUAAUAACCAAGUUGUCAAGUUAUAA